AUGAUAAUUGUAACAGAAUUUCAAAACGAACUUCUAUCAGAAGAAGAAGAAGACGAAGAAGGAGAAACGGUGUUAACUAUGGUCGAUUCAGUAGGACGAUUUGCUUGCUGUUCAUUACGAACAUCUGGCAUAGUAGUAGCGAUAACUGAAUUACUAAUAUGCAUUAUAACAACAUAUGGCCUAAUCCGGAAUCUUCAGCUUUUCGGAACUUACUAUUUACUUUGGUUUAUUAUUGGUAUUGCAAGUGUAAUUGUAAUAUUAAUAGUGAUUGUACUCCUAUUGUAUGCUAUCAAAACUGAAAACGGCCGUUUUUUGAUACCACACCUAUGUGCUCAGAUAUUUUUAAUAUUCUUCCUGAUUAUUGUGGCAUUCGUUGUUACAUUGUUGCUAAUUUUUGGUGCAUACCGUGGUAUCCGAAAUCUUCUUGGUCAUGCAAGUUAUCAUAUCACCGAUGAUGCAACAAUAACACUUGGUUAUAUGAUUAUUGCAAUAUAUCUUGCAUUAGCAGUACUGGAAAUGCUAUUUCUUUAUAUCGUUUACAGGCUUUACAGGCAUUUAAACCGGUAUCUCCUGAUUGGAUCAGAUGACCCAUUCUCUAAGAAAGGUCCUCGUCACCAUAUUUACACAGCGACAUGGCAGAUGCCACCAAAAACAGCUGCUGAUGGAAGCGGAUCACCAGAUGCUGGUCAUUUAUAUCCUUACAGUCCAUAAAUGACAGAGGC